AUGCGGUGGGAUGAGAUUUCCUGGUUACUGCAUAUCUCCGAGACUGCCACCGGAUAUACCGAGAACACCGGUAUGUGCAGUGAGACACUCAUCGGCCAAAACUUGCCCGGAGCUGCAGAACACGACAACGUCCAAGUGCCCUGGGGCCACGAGAACUGCUUGGGUGUGCAGCUGACUGAGGAGGAGAUCUUGAGUCGGUGCUUGACACCACAGUCUCAGCGAACUCCCAGUCGAGCCAUUUGGCUGGUUGGGGAUUCUCACUCCUUUGGCCUUGUGCCGUGCAUUACUCCGAGUGCGAAUGCAGCUGGCCUCAAUGUUUACAACUACAGCUGGCCGGCACACCAUGCGUGCGACUUCGAGUGGUCGAAGGUCCUGAAUGCUCUCGACGAGGUUGUCAACCCCGACGACAUUGUAGCCUUUUCGGCCUGCUUCUACUGCAUGCAAUGGUGCCUGCCACAUUACGAAGAGUUGAUCAUUCGCCUCAAGGCCUUCACUCAGGUCAGAAACGCAAGAUUGCUCCUUUUCAAGGACGUCCCUCUUCUGAACGACGAUUCCUUGAAUUGUGCUAACUCCGACCCCUGGAAGCAAAGCCAAUGCUCGAUUUCAGUGCCCCAAGCACUUGCAGACGUCGAGGACACCAAAAAGAUGCUUUCGGCGUAUGCAUCUUCCUAUGACAUGAUCGACCUCUUCUCACCCAUGUGCGCCAACGGCAUCUGUGAUAUUUGGGUUCCUGGCACAUCGGCAGUUGCCUAUGUGGAUUCGCAUCACAUCAACAUGAAUGGCUGCCACUAUUUGGCACCCUUCAUCUGCGCAGAGAUGCGCAAGCUUGGCUUCUAUCCUUGA